AUGCCUCCCACGCCGGAGCAGCCCAAACUAACACCGCAGUUCUGCUUCAACCAAACUGCACUCAGAGACUUUCUACGCGUUUCGCGGACGGCCAUCGACGACACCAUCAACCAACACCUCAAUGCUCUGGCGACUCCCGGCUCAACGCCUUUCGAUCCCGCGACUACUGCAGAGCGACAGCUGAGACCCAUCGGUCGAAGACAGCUGCCGCAACACGGCUGCCAGACCUUCAAAGACAAGAUACUGUUUCCCUCAUGGCAGACCCGCUCGGAUGUCCUUAACUAUUGUGCCGGAGUAGCCACGUCGCCCGACCCAGAUGACCCCGAUCACGUCCUACGCGAAAGCGAAGAUGCGAGGGCGAGAGAAAGGCUGGUAGAUGAGAGGCUGGAUCCGUACGGCGCGAGAUACCUUCCCCGUGACACGAGAACAGAAUCGCUGGCAGGUCUGAUUCGCAAUGAGAGGAUGGUUGAGAAUAUUAUUCGGGCGAGGACCUGGAGCGUGAUCGGUGAGCGAUGCGAAAAUGACACGUCAGACUCGGAUCAAGCACUUAAUGAGUGGCGGACGCGGAAUAAUGCAAGCACGGAAGUUGAUCCUGUGCAGGCCGCGAAAACAACCGUCUUGGGCCGGAAUCGAUGA